AUGAUCGUAGGAGAGAAAGCUAGAGGUGGUUCAUCAUGGAGUAGGGAUGAUGAUAUUGCUUUUGAGAGCGCUCUUGCGAUUUAUACCGACGAGACAGAUAACCGUUGGGAGAAGAUUGCUGGGGUUGUUCCAGGGAAAACUGUAGAACAAGUUAUAGAGCAUUACGAGAGAGAGAAAGCUAGAGGUGGUUCAUCAUGGAGUAGGGAUGAUGAUAUUGCUUUUGAGAGCGCUCUUGCGAUUUAUACCGACGAGACAGAUAACCGUUGGGAGAAGAUUGCUGGGGUUGUUCCAGGGAAAACUGUAGAACAAGUUAUAGAGCAUUACGAGAGUUUACUUCAUGAUGUUAUGAAAAUUGAAUCUGGAGACAUACCUCUUCCUGAUUAUGAUAUUCCAGAAGAUACAAAUGUUAGAAGAAAAAACAUUGGGGCACGUAGCAACAGUCGCAAAUGUGAGAAUAAGCAAGAAGAUGAACCAACAUCAAAGCCAAAGCGACGUAAGGCGAUUCCAUGGACACCGCUUGAACACAAUCAAUUUCUUCUUGGUCUAAAAAAAUAUGGAAAAGGUGAUUGGCGUAGCAUUUCUCGUCAUGUUGUACUGACGAGAACACCAACGCAAGUUGCAAGCCACGCUCAAAAGUACUAUGAACGUCUCAAAUCUAAGAACAUCAGCAGGCAGAGACAGAGCAUUCACGAUUUCAACAUCUCAGCAAUGGAAGCACCAUUCACAUGGCCAGAUGCUCAAGCCACUUCACAACCAUCACUAGACCAUCCUACCAUAUGGAACACACAAGCCACUUCACAAUCAAUAGACCAUCAUGUAUUUGGGAAACCUACCAUAUGUAACAUGCAAGCCGCUUCGCAACCACCAAUGAAUGUUCAUGUCUAUGGCACACCCACUAUUGGCCAAUCAAUGGUUGGACCAAAAACUGACAUGAAUCUCUUGGCCAGAUCAGUCGGCCGUUGGGCCAAACCAAUGCCUUACGGGGUUCAACAUCAUUCGGUUCCUUACUCUUCAAUUCCUUAUGCACCAUUCAACAGAGGUCCAGUUCCAUAUACCAUGACAAAUAUACCUACUUCACGUUAG